GAUAUCGGGCUCAAAAAUUUGCAAGAUUCAAUACAAUAUACAAUAGUUAGGUUAGGCCUUAAAAAUGGUUACGAAAGCCAGUAAACAGAAUGCAACAAGUUUUAAAACGUUAUGGAUUCGCUUCGACACGGACAGUUCCGACAAGCACCAGCUAUUUUUCAAGGAACAUUCCGUGAGAAAUCAGGAACCGGAAUAUCCCAGGAACCGAACUCUCUUUGUGUUGAACAUACCGCCGUAUGUAACUGUUGAUUGCCUGAACAAUGCAUUCACUAAUCUUUGCGGAAAUGUACAGUCUGUUACGCUUUCAAAUACGAAAGGAUUUAAAACUGCAUAUAUCGUUUUUAAGAAGGAAUCCUCUUUAGAUAAAGCUAUGGAACUUUCAAAAGAUUUUGUAAUUACAUUGAAAAAUGAGAAAAACAUUUGCCUCACAGGAGUGAAAAAAUGGUGUAAAGAGUAUAAUGAUACUUUAUACGAUGAGCAAUUAAUGAAGAAAGACAUCGAGGAAUAUAUAGAUUUAUAUGAUAAACGAGUACAAGACCGUAUUGCACAAGAAAAAGCUGCAGAUGAGAGCAACAAUGGCUGGGUAACUGUAACAGGUAAAAAAAAAAGAGGACAAUUUGCACCGUCCAGAAAGGAAUCUACUAUCGGAAAAGUACAGCAGAAGGAAGAACAACGCAAGAAGAAAAAGCAAUUACUUAAUUUCUAUACUUUCCAAAUUCGUGAAUCGAAAAAGCAGAAUUUAGCAGAGUUGCGAAAAAAGUUUGAACUGGACAAAAAAAGACUGCAGGAAUUAAAACAGAAACGAACAUUUAAGCCAUUUUAGAGUGCUUUCCAGCUAGCGACACAGGCGGCAGUGUUUAGUGUAAAACGUUCCAGCAACGAUAUGGUGCCACACUAUUUGACACAGCGAAAAGGGUUUUACCGUGCUGUGUCGCUAGAAGUAUCAAUUAUGAAAAAGAAAAGCAUGUUUUGUAGUGGCAUCCUGUUAAAUUUAAAGUAACAUAACUCUAAAUAGCUCGUAAAAUUGAUGUUAUUAAAAUUGUAAUACAAGUUUGCUCCUGCCGUUUUUACAGGUAUAAAACUAUCUAUAUGAAAACGGCGGGAGCAAACUUGUAGACCAAUAAGUAAAUAAAUAACAUCUAAUGUGUUCGAUCUAGUGUGAUAAAAUGAUUGUAACCAAAGUAAUACGAGUACAAAAUUUGAAACUGUUAUUAAUAUGCAGGCUUUAUUAGCGUUUAAUAGAUUAUAAAUAUUAAGUAAGUUAAGAUUGUAUCAAGUAAGUUGUGAUUAAAUAAGAUUUGUUGUGUAUUGUGGGAAGCACAUAUGUAUUUUAUAAGCAGCAUCCUGACAAUAUGUGACACAGUGUAACACUCACAAUUUGUGUCACAGAUAGAAAACACCCAUUAUGUUCAAUUAUAAGUUUAUUCUUUUUGAUGAUGGUGCUUGCACUUUUUGUACCUACUAGUGCAAGAUGCAGAAUUGCACGUUUCAUAUGCUGGAACUUACGUCAUUACAAA